GGCCUGGGGCGGAGUCAAGAUGGCUGAGGAGAAGCUCGCGCCGAGAACUCAGUUUCCUGCGUCUGUUGAAUCCCAGAAACCUCGGCAUAAAAAAGCUCCAGAGUUUCCUAUUUUGGAGAAGCAGAACUGGUUGAUUCACCUGCACUAUAUCCGGAAGGAUUAUGAAGCAUGCAAGGCUGUUAUCAAAGAGCAGCUUCAAGAGACUCACGGAUUAUGUGAAUAUGCAAUCUAUGUACAAGCAUUGAUAUUUCGCCUAGAAGGAAAUAUCCAAGAAUCCCUGGAGCUCUUUGAGACGUGUGCUGUGCUCAGCCCUCAGAGUGUGGACAACCUCAAGCAGGUGGCCAGGUCCCUAUUCCUUUUAGGGAGACAUAAAGCUGCCGCUGAAGUGUACAAUGAAGCAGCGAGGCUGAACCAGAAAGACUGGGAGAUCUGCCAUAACUUGGGCGUUUGCUACAUGUACCUGAAGCAGUUCAGCAAGGCACAGGAGCAGCUGCACAGUGCCCUGCAGCUUCACAGGCAUGAGCUCACCUACGUGAUGCUGGGGAAGGUGCACCUGCUCGAGGGAGACCUGGACAAGGCCAUCGGAGUCUACAGGAAGGCCGUGGAGUUCUCACCAGAAAACACAGAACUUCUUACAACUCUAGGAUUGCUCUACUUACAGCUUGGCAUUUACCAGAAGGCAUUUGAACACCUUGGAAAUGCACUGUCUUACGACCCCACCAACUACAAGGCCAUCCUGGCAGCUGGCAGCAUGAUGCAGACCCAUGGGGACUUUGAUGUUGCUCUCACCAAGUACAGAGUUGUAGCUUGCGCUGUUCCAGAGAGCCCUCCACUCUGGAACAACAUUGGAAUGUGCUUUUUUGGCAAGAAGAAAUACGUGGCAGCUAUCAGCUGCCUGAAACGUGCCAACUACUUGGCACCAUUUGACUGGAAGAUUCUAUACAACCUGGGCCUUGUCCACCUGACCAUGCAGCAGUACGCAUCUGCUUUCCACUUCCUCAGUGCGGCCAUCAACUUCCAGCCAAAGAUGGGGGAGCUGUACAUGCUCCUGGCCGUGGCCCUGACCAACCUGGAGGACCUAGAGAACGCCAGGAGAGCCUACGCAGAAGCUGUGCGCCUGGAUCAGUGUAACCCUUUGGUAAACUUGAACUACGCUGUGCUGCUGUACAACCAGGGUGAGAAGAAGGCUGCCCUGGCCCAGUAUCAGGAGCUCGAGAAGAAGGUCCGACUGCUCAAGGACAGUGGCUCUGUGGAAACUGACCCAGAGAUGGUGGAGAUGGCUCAGAAGUUGGGAGCUGCUCUCCAAGUUGGGGAGGCACUCGUCUGGACCAAACCAGCUAAAGACGCCAAGUGCAAGCCCCGUGGCACCUCCAGCGGCAAGCCUGCUGUUCUCCAGCAGCCUCUGGGCUCCAAUCAAGCUCUAGGCCAGGCCAUGUCCUCAGCAGCUGCAUACAGAACGCUCCCCUCAGGUGCUGGAGGCUCAGCCCCGCUCACCAAGCCACCGUCUCUUCCUCUGGAGCCAGAGCCUACUGUGGAAGCAAGUCCAGCGCAAACACUGGAACAGAUGAGAGAGAAAUAGCAUAGGAUAACCCCAGGAUUAGGGAUUCUUAGACGAGGAUGUAUCAGGUUAGGAAAGGCCAAGUAGAGGCCAGCACCGUUCUGUGGGCAGGCUCCACGGGGUAAGGAGGUGGAAGGCAGGGAGGGUUGGCACGACCCGUUUGGAAAGGAGGCCAAGGCACAGCAUGGUAGCCUCCUGGGCCCCUCAGCCAGAAAACAGAUGACCUACCUGGUCCCUUU